CAGAUGGAGAUCUGUCCCACCUCAGAAACAGCCUUUCUCCGACCGGCUCAUCCAGUCACUUAGCUGGACGAGUUAUCAGAACAUCCAGCUGCUGUUCCCCGGUAACAACCAUCUCUUCACCGCGGUCUGACUGCCGGUUUGGAGCUGUAGCCGUUGCGCAACAGAAACGUAAUCCUCGCUAGCUGCUGUUAGGUCCAAACAGCUGCCGGUCCGUCGGUUACCGUCUGGACUCUAAAACGGGUCUGACAGCCCCGGUUCGGCUCGGUUCGGUUCGGCUCCAGCUCGGAUCAGUUCAGAUGUUGAGGAGGAUUUGUUGAGCCAAGCUAGCUUCCAGUUACCAUGAGUGCAAUGCGUGUGGACGCCAAAGUGGUGAUGCUGGGAAAGGAGAGUGUUGGGAAGACCAGCCUGGUGGAGAGAUACGUUCAUCAUCGCUUCUUGGUCGGCCCUUACCAGAACACUAUCGGUGCUGCUUUUGUUGCCAAACCAAUCCAGGUGGGAGAGAAAGUGAUCACCCUGGGUAUAUGGGAUACAGCUGGAUCAGAGCGAUACGAGGCCAUGAGCAGAAUCUACUACAGAGGAGCCCGGGCAGCCAUCGUCUGCUACGAUCUGACCGACAGCAGCAGCUUCCAGCGAGCUCGGUUCUGGGUGAAGGAGCUGCAGAACUGCGAGGAACACUGUAAGAUCUACCUGUGUGGCACUAAGAGCGACCUGAUCGACGGAGAUCGGAGCCUGCGCCAAAUAGACUACCAUGAUGCUCAGGACUUUGCUGACGAGAUUGGUGCGCAGCAUUUCGAGACCUCCAGUAAAACAGGAAAGAACGUGGAUGAGUUGUUCCAGAAAGUUGCUGAGGAUUACAACAGCACUGCCUUCCAGUAUAUGACAGAGGAGGAGCCGGGCGUGGACCUGGGCCUGAAGAAAGACUCAUAUUUCUACUCCUGCUGUCAUAACAACUGAUGCAGAGCAGCAGGAAGGGAAGUCUUUCCCCUGGGCUGGAGUUAAAAACCUGGAAAGGCUGGAUGGAUGGUGGUCAGAUAACUAAGCUCUGGAGCUGGGAUGGAAGUCACAGAAGAAGAGGAAAUGGAGCAGUACUGUUUAUACCUUAUUAGAUUAUUUCUUUUGUGCCAUGAAGAAACUGACAGCUGCAAGACUUUAUGGAAGAGGAUCUACUACUACUGCUGCAACUGUUACUGGGUGGGAGAGGGAAUAUCAGAAAGCAACACUCAUGUUUCACCCAGUCACGCCCCCUUUCUUCUGUAGCUUCUUCUGAGCUGGACCAUGGAAGUACACAUAUCUCUAAAGGUGUGGUGACGCUAAAUAGAAAGAUCCCACUGAACACAGACUGGCUGACAAAACUUGAUUGUUGUAGCGAGUGCAGUGCUUCAGGAGGGUGAAUGGUUUGUUUACAGCAGUUCAUUUUGUUUACCUAUUUAACCUUGAUGUGGAAACCCAUCCGUCUGUCCUGCACAUCUUUGACGAAGCCUAAACCAACGGAGUGAAGCCAACUAGGAUAGAAAAACCUGAAACACUCCUGUGUUUCUCUCCACACUUAAUUAAAAAUAAUUAUUCUUAUUUAUUUGCAAAUCUGGUGAAGCUCAAAUAUGAAAUGAUACCAAUGAUCUUUAUAAAGGCCUUAAUACCCACGAUUAAAAUGUCUUCAGUGUUUACCAGGACAUUAUGGAUGUAUUAACAGAGCUGGAUACAGUGCCAUCACACAGUCGCUGGUCACUUGUGGUACUGCAACAAAAAAGUUUGCACAUACACUACCAUUAGAAAAGAAUCAUUUGUAAAGUUGUUGACAACACUCCUUCAUUUGUGAACAGAGUUUAAUUGUUACUCUGUGUAUAAAGAAUGUUUAACUCUAAUGACCUGAGAUACAAGUGAGCAUAAAAUGUAUUCCUCAGUCUAAUCUAAAUUAUUUUCUCACCUGUGUUUAUGACUUAUAAAACAGGUUUCCGUAGAACAGGGGUCGGCAACCUUUAUGGGCAAAAGAGCCAUUGUUGGCCAAAAAAAGAGAAAAAAUAACAUACUGGAGCCACAACUUUAUUUACAGCCUAAAUUAGCCUACCAGUAUCACUAAUAGGUCAUAACGAGCAUUUCUUAAUAUGAUUUUGUCAGAAUGCAGCAACUCAAAACUGGCUUGACUUGAAGUUGGCAGUAUUUAGAGUUUAAGGCGCUGAGCCGUAGACUUUCGUAAGCAUUUCAGUUGACUUAAAUUUAAAAAACUUUUUUAUAAUGUCAUAGGUGCAUCUCAAAAAAUUAGAAUAUCAUAGAAAAGUUUAUUUAUGUCAGUAAUUCAAUUCAAUGAGUGGAAAUAACACAUCAUAUAGAUCCAUUACAUUCAGAAUGAAACAUUUCAUGUCUUGAUUUAUUUAAUUUCUUCUAAUUAUAAUGAUUAUGGCUUACAUAGACCUAAAAUUCAGUUUCUCAAAAAAAAAAUCAAUAUUACAAAAUUUAAAAAGUAUGUCUAAUAUAAAAAUGUUGGCCUCUGAAAA